UUUUCUCUAUAUGGAAUAAUUCCUGUGACACUGGGUGUCUUCAGCCUGUUGCUCUUAAUGUUGUGUGGAUUCUUUGCUUAUCAGUAUUUUCAAAGUGUUCAGGCAUCAGAGAACAAGAUGAAGAGCUUUAACCAAUUGACUGAGUCUUUCCAAAACAAAGCAGAAAAAUUUCUUCUGGUCCAAAAAACUCUUGACCAAAAUAAAGAAACCCUAGAGUGGCUCCGAAAGCAGAAUGUGUACCUCAUGGAGGAUCUACAAGAACUAAAGGCCAGACAAGGUAAUUUUGUAAACAGACAUGGAAGUCCUCUGAACCACUGGGUACAGUAUGAAAACCACAGCUACCACCAAACCAUGGAAGUGUUUUCUUGGUUAAACUGUUCUCAUCUUUGUGUCUCUUUGAAUGCUACAUUUUUAAAGACAGAAAGGAGCAUAUUGAUAAUAAAGUUGAAGUUACUUUUAGUAAGUCAUACCUGGAUUGGCAUAUCUUAUAAGGAAGAGGACAACGCAUGGCAGUGGGAAGAUGGUUCCUCUGAUUCUCCUGGCCC